AUGUUCCUGCAGUGCUACAACGAUGAGCGCGGGGAGCGCGUCUACACCCUGAAGAAGCUCUCCCCAACCGGGCAGCCCACCCGCUCGUCU